AUGGAAGACUCUCGCCCAACUAAGCGCGCACGACAAGCUUGCGAGCCAUGUCGUCGCAAAAAGUCCAAGUGUCCUGGCGAGAAGCCCGUGUGUUCAUACUGCGAGCGGCUCGGCCAGAUAUGCGUUUAUGAAUCAGGCUCUGAUAGCCAAGGUCAAAGAGCGCGUUCGGAUAGAUCGCUGGAGCUUCGAAUGGAAACCCUAGAGGAGAAAUUGGACCUGUUUAUCGAUCGCCUUGAUCCUGUAAUCAAUGAUUCACGCCGCCGCUCAGCGUCGCAGCAGGAAGGAGGACAUACACCGAGGUCCAUAGUCAGUCACGAUGAGCUUCCAUACAUCGGUGAAAUCGUACACCUAAGAUCCGCGCCAGGCACAGAAUCACUCGUCGAGCCAAGUAGUGAUGAACUAGCUUCACUUUAUUUAACCUGGCUACAUCGACAACCUCUGGUCCUAUUCAACGCCGAAACGUUUGCAGAGUCACUGCCACGUAGAGAGGCAGACCUGGUAUUGGCACUACGGGCAUUAUGCCUUCGGUUUCCUCCCAGGUUAUUGAGUGAACAAUAUCGCCAGCGCCUUCAUGCCAUGGCACGAAUCUCGCGGCAAUCUGUGAUGGAUAAAGUGUUCAGUAGCCGUGUCGACUGUUCCGUGUUACAAACGCUAUGUCUUUUGAGCCUUUUUGAACAUGCAGAAGGAAAUACUGUCCAAGCAGGGCUACACCUCAGUACGGCGGUUCAGCUGCUGAGCGGCAUUCCUAAGGGUAGCUUCCUCGGUGAAGCUGCCGAGUUCAACAACUGCAUUCGAAGCAUAUUUGUGCUUCAUCACCUGCAUGGAAGCGUAGUCUCAAGCGUAUGGCCCACUGCCAUGACGCACGGCGAGGACACAUCCCUGGGAACUUCACAGUGCUCAGCGUGGCUUCUUCCGCCAGAGAAGUCAUCAUCAUGCGAUAUGGAUCGAGGCAUCAUGAAGUACACAAUUCCUCUUUCGCAAAUAUGGCGAGCAGUGAGAAUCUACGCCUCGCGCCGUGUUUUCUCAGACACCUUGCCACCAUGGAAUCCGCGCUCCGAUUAUUCCCAGGUUACAUAUCGACACCUCGAGAUUGACUGUAGUGUGCCACUGAAAUAUCGCUUCUCUGCUAACCAGAUUGACAAGCAGACGCCUCAAACUCUGCAACAAAACAGAGGGUAUUGGGGUCCUUACUUGUUCACUCAAUUCGUCUAUGCUUCCAUUCCUGUUAUCCUCAAUCACCCAUUUCUUUUGUCCAUGAGACUACGGCACUUUCGACACACUAUGCCCCAAUCAUUUGUCAACAGCUCUUUUGACGCUAUUACCCGACAUAUUGGAUGGAUCAUGUAUCAUCUUGAUGUAUUGGAGAAGUUGGACUAUCGAGUGUCUGACCCGACCUUGGCCCAUAUUGUUGCAGUGGUUGCCACCAUUCAUCUGCAGCACAGUUUUGUGGAGGACUUUGCCUUGCGCGAAAAGGCUAAGGCUGGAUUUGAGAAGUGUCUCGAGUUCUUGAGAUGCAUGGGUCUGACAUGGCAUGGUGUCGCAGUCAUGCAUGAGAAUCUGCGGAAGCUGCAGCAGAGUAUACAAGUUGUGCCACUAGGCAUCCAAGACCCUGGGCUGACUAGGCCAGCCCAGCAGAAGUUCUCCAUCGACACGAGACUUCUCUGGGAUAUUCUAUGUUACGAGCAAGCUGGAAGACCGGAUGCGCGCGCCGAUGAGUCUAUCUACAGCGGUCUAGCAUCAAUCCACCAGGAUCCGUCGAGAGGCGCUAAUGAUGAUGGUGAUGGAUACGAUCUGGUCGGAUCAGCCGGUAUCAUUGGGCACAAAACCGUUCCAAAGGACACACCUCUUUAUGCCCCAGGUGAGGGAGAGGUGAGCCACCCCAUAAGAGGCCGUGUCCCUUCUGAUGCUUCUGGGUUGCUGGGAUCCCUUCAGCAGAACAUUCAGGAAGGCUUUGGAUCAGCCAUGGAACCAGACAACAUCUUUCCCGAAGUACACGACUUUGGAAGGGCCAUUGAUGAGUGGUUGAGUCUUGAUUGGGGAAACACGAUGCUGUAA